AUGAGGCGCGUCGCCGUCCUCCUCGCCCUGGCCAUGUGCCUGGGUAUCACAAUGGCUCAGAGAUGCGAGCCCAAGUGUAGCGCCAACGGCGAGUGCACCCAGAACGACGACAUCGCGUUUUGCAAGUGCAAGCCCGGGUUAGUUUUUACGACGCGGGCUGCGCCGCACGACUUGGCCGAGUGCAAGAAGGGCCUGGUGUGCUACAAUGGCGCGACGUGUGUGCAGGACCCCAGCAAGCCUGACCAGGAGACCUGCGCCUGCGCCAAGGGCUGGGCCGGCUCAACCUGCAAGGUCCCCCACAUAUCGUGCGGCAACAGCACCUUGGCCUGCAUGAACGGCGGCCAGUGUCUGCUGGAUGAGACCGUGAACGACUGGUUCUGCAAGUGCCCGCCCAACCUGCGCGGCCGCCAGUGCCAGCUGGGCGUGAACGAGUGCAAGGAGGGCAUGUUCUGCAUGAACAACGGGCAGUGCAAGGACGAGGGCAACACCUGCCAGUGCCCCGCCGGCUUCUUCGGCAUCCACUGCCAGAACAACGAGAGGGACCCCUUUGCCGACCUCAUCCCCCGCAAGACGCUGCCCACCUACGCCAUCGCCCUCAUCGUCGUCGCCGGCGUGAUCGCCAUCGCCGCCGUCGCCCUCAUCGCGUUCCUGGUGGUGCGUGAGCGCCGCGGCCGCCCCUACUUCAAGAGCUGGCAGGAGGGCACCGGCUCCGGCCUGCAGGGUACCCUGUGA